AUGAAACUAAUCCUGUUUUUUCCACUUUGGAGUAGAAACUUGUUGCAGGAUGAAGGCGGACACUUGAAGAUCGGCGAGUAUUGGGUUCAAAUGCUGUAUGAGCAAAUUAACCCAGAUCAAAAUGGGAAAAGAAGUGGCAAUCCCUGUAACAGUACCAAUCUAUUAGAUGGCACCAAGAAAGAUAUUCGUACAUUUGGAUUCAUAUAUUAUCAGAUGCUAGAAGGAAAUCACUUCAUGACCAACACGAACUCUGACUUCAUCCAUCAGGAACCGGUCGAUUUUAAGCCGAAAUUCCACUUAAGUCGAUGUUCAAACAGAAUUCAAGAGUUGAUAGAGGGUUGUACAAGUAAUGAUCCUUCCAAAAUACCCACAUUUGAAAGUGUCAUAGGAACUCUAGAAGAGGAAUCAGCGUCUUUAGGGAGACCUGCAUGCCCAGUUAUUUGUUGA